AUGGGACAAACACUAUCCGAGCCUAUCACUGAGAAAACGACCACUCAAGAAGUGAACAGCAAGUACUUUUACGGUUGUUCUCAUAUGCAAGGCUGGAGAUUGACCAUGGAAGAUGCUCACACUACCCUUUUGAAGCUUGGAGAUACCAAUGCUAGUUUCUUUGGCGUGUUUGAUGGUCAUGGAGGUUCGACUAUUGCACAAUACACCGGACAAACAUUGUACAAAAAGGUCCUUGAGAGCAAACAUUUUGAAAAGAAGCAAUACCCUGAAGCUCUAAAGGACGCAUUUUUGGAAUUGGAUUCGAGUUUGAUCAAUGAUAACAACUUUGCUUAUGACCCCUCAGGAUGCACAGCUGUAGUCGCUCUUCUUACUGAUGAUAAUCACAUCUUUGUCGCCAAUGCUGGUGAUUCUCGAGGUGUAAUUAGUAUCAACGGCAAGAUGAAGCCAUUGUCAUAUGAUCACAAGCCUACUGAUGAGGCAGAGAUGGAAAGAAUCAUCAAAGCAGGUGGUUUUGUUGAGUUUGGUCGCGUUAAUGGCAACUUGGCUUUAUCCCGUGCUAUUGGCGAUUUUGAGUUCAAGCAGAAUGAGGCACUUUCUCCAGAGGAGCAAGUAGUAACAUGUAAUCCCGACAUCAUUGAUCAUAAAAUUACAAAGGACGACGAAUUUUUUGUGUUGGCUUGCGAUGGUAUUUGGGAUUGCAUGUCUAACCAAGAAGUUGUUGACUUUGUUCGUUCCGGCAUUGCGCAAGACAAGACGCUCGACACUAUCUGUGAGAAUAUAAUGGACAAUUGUUUGGCUGAUGAUCAGACAUCCACUGGACUUGGUUAUGAUAACAUGUCAGUGAUGAUAAUCGCCAUUCUCAAUGGUAAGACGGAAAAAGAGUGGUAUCAAUGGAUCAAAGAAAAGAGUAAUGGUAGCAGUAACAAGAUGACCGCUGCGCCAUCCUCUGCCGCCAAAGCAAGCGAGCUUCCAGAUUUCACACCUUCUAAAUUAACCACACCUACCGCACCCAUCACCACAACACCCACAACGACAACGCCUACUGCAGCAGCAGCAGCAGCAGCAGCAGCAAGUACACCUUCCCCUCCUCCUGCCAAAGAAUAG